AUGCCUGCACUUUCACCGACCAUGACUGAGGGCAAUAUCGCGAGCUGGAAGAUCAAGGAAGGAGACUCUUUCUCCGCUGGCGACGUGCUCCUCGAGAUCGAGACGGACAAGGCGCAGAUGGACGUAGAAGCGCAGGAUGACGGCAUACUGGCAAAGAUCACUGUCCAAGAUGGUUCCAAAGCAGUUCAGGUCGGCACACGGAUAGCAGUCACUGCAGAGCCCGGUGAUGACUUGAGCACCCUCGAGAUACCCGCCGAAGAGAGCCCUGCACCAAAGAAGGAGGCCGAAGCGCCCAAAGAGUCCAAGAAAGAGCCCGCACCUGUACCCAAGGAAGAGCGAACCUCUGCCCCGCCCGCGAAGUCCGAUGCCUCGACGAAAGCCUCCAGCGCCAAGGCCUCCAAGCAAACAUACCCGCUAUACCCCUCUGUACAGCAGUUGCUUACAGUGAACGGUCUGCCCAAGGAGGAGGCUGACAAGAUCCCUGCAACUGGGCCCGGCGGCAGGCUGCUCAAGGGAGACGUACUCGCAUACAUCGGUCAAAUCGAGAACUCAUACCCCUCAGAGCUCGCGAGCCGCUUUACGAAGCUCUCUCAGCUCGAUUUGUCCAACAUCAAGGUCAUGGCUAAGAAGGACGCGCCAAAGAAGACUGCAGCUGAAGCGCCUGCGAUUGUCGAGGACCUCCCGAUUGAGGUCGCAUUGCCCGUCUCCCUCACCGCUGUUAUGGAGUGCCAGAAGCGCGUCAAGGACUCAAUAGGCGUCUUCCUUCCGCUUUCGACGUUUGUCGCGAGGGCAGCCGAGCUUGCGAACGAAGACCUCCCACGAUCCAAGGUCGCGAAGCCGACUGCGGACGAGCUAUUCAACGCAGUUCUUGGCCUUGACAAGGUAGCCGGAAAGUACUCACGAGGAAACUUCGUUCCACAAGUGACUGCGCUGCCACCCACUACCAUCCCCAGCAAGCGCGCCUCAGCACCAAAGUCGGACAUUCUCGAUAUGUUGGUCAGCAAGAAGCCGUCCGCCAAGAGAUCCGCGACAGGUGCAGCAGGUGUCGUCGGACCUCUGAAUGUGUUCAGCGUCAGCGUACCCAAGGGCGACGAGAAGCGCGGCCGCGUCUUUCUCGAGCGCGUCAAGACCGUUCUUGAAGUCGAACCAGGACGAUUGGUCGUUUAG